AUGCCUCAACAAGAUAAAAUCACUGUUCACUGGUUGAACUUCUCUCGUGCACAAAGAAUCCUUUGGUUAUUGGAUGAAUUGAACUUGGAGUACGACUUGAAGGUGUACCAAAGAAAUAAACAAUUCAGAGCUCCCAAAGAGUUGGAGAAUGUGCAUCCGUUGGGCAAGUCUCCGGUAGUUGAGAUCACCAAACCCGACGGUGAGGUGAUUGAACUUGCCGAAUCCGGAUGGAUAACCCAAUACUUGAUUGACAAUUACGAUACUGAAGGAGUACUCACGCCAGCCAAUGUGCAAGAUAGCAACAAGGUCAAUUAUUUCUUACAUUACUCAGAAGGGUCGUUCCAGCCUAUUCUAGUUGGUUUGUUAGUCAACCAGAUGGCCACCACAGUCCCACCUUUUCCAGCCAAUUGGAUUGCUGGCGCAGUUGUUAAAGGCAUCAAUGCAAAGUACUAUGGUCCUGAAUUGGAAAAGAACUUGAAGUACUUGAAUGACAUUGCGUCAGCCCAGCAUGCAAAGGGAAGCAAAUAUUUAGUGGGAAACAAGUUAUCCGGUGCUGAUAUAAUUUUGAGUUUCCCAAUCAUUUCCAUCUUUACUUCAGGUAGAGGUUUGCGUCCAACUGUAGUCGAUGAAUUCCCUGAGUUGUACAAGUAUUAUCAAAACUUAAGUCAAGAGAAGAAGUUGAAGGAUGCUAAUGAAAAGAUUGCCCAGCUUGACGAUUCUCGAGCACAUCGGAUACUCUGGUUAUUGGAGAUUCUACAACUUGACUAUGAAGUGAAAAUUUACUUGAGACAUCCAGACACAUGGCGUGGCCCGGUUCAACUAUAUGACGCUCAUCCAACAGGCAAAGCCCCAGUUUUGGAGGUUGUAUUUGCUGACGGAAGACCAAGUAUGAAACUUGCUGAAAGUGGAUUCAUAAUGCAAUACUUGUUACGAUUUUAUGACCCAAAUUACAUCUUGAACCCUACUGACCUUGGAGAACAAUUGGAGGUUGAUUACUGGCUACAUUUUAGUGAAGGAUCAUUACAACAUCUCAAUAUGACGUUAUUGAUCAACUCGGUUGCAAGGCAUGUUGCUCCGUUUGGUUUGAAAGGAGUUGCCAAGCUAGUGACAAAGGGACUAAACAACGGAUUCUACAUCCAUGAAUGGAGAUUGAACAUGCAAUACUUGGAUGACAGGUUGGCCCAAAAUGGAACUGGGUUCUUUGUGGGUAACAAGUUGACAGCAGCCGAUGUCAUGUUGAGCUUUCCUAUAUUUGAAAAUGUGUUUGAUAACUUGGAUGGAGUUAAAGAGAUAACACAUGAUAAGCGUGAUUUACGCAAAGUCUGGCCCAACUUGGCCAAGUGGAGCAGGAUGAUUAAAAACAUUCCAAGCUAUAAAAAAGUGUCGCAGUUGAUGGAUGAGGAAGUUGAGGACUUGAUUGCAUUGAAUCCCAAAUUCGACUAUGCAAAGGGUAUGUAG